UGCACUUUUGAUCCCACCGCAUCUUCGCUAGAGCCACCGGGAAUGCGAACCCCCGCCUCCCGAAUGCGAACCCUAUGCCGCCGCCCUCCCCACCGCUCCGCCGCCUCCUCUCCUUCCGCCGCAGGCCCAUCGCUCCGCGCCUCUGCCGCGCCUUCUCCGCCUCCGCCUCCGCCUCCGCCCCGGCGCCGCAGGCCGCCCCGCCCGCCCCCGCCGGCGAGAGCCCCGCCCGCCUCGCCGCCGCCGUGCACGGCUCGGCCGCGUCCAGGGACUUCGCGCGCGCCAUCCGUUUGACGAAAUACCUCGUCCGGGCCUCCUCCUCCUCCUCUCCUGGACAGCGCCCCGGCGCCGUCGCCUUCGCCGCGCUCGCCUCCACCUCCGCGUCGCCGGCCCCGGCGCUCGGCGUGCUCGUCAUCGCGCUCUCCCAGAUGGCGCUCCUCGACGAGGCGCUCUCCGUCUUCGCCCACCUGGGGCAGCUGCCGGCAUUGCCGGCGUGCAACGCGAUCCUCGACGGUCUCGUUAAAGCGCACAGGUUCGCCUGCGUAUGGGAGCUGUUCGAUGAAAUGCUUCGUCGGGGGAUGGUGCCAAGUGUGGUCACUUACAACACGCUCAUCAACGCCUGCCGGCUUCAGGGUGAUGCGGCGAAGGCUUGGGAGGUCUGGGCUCAGAUGUUAGCUAGACGGAUUGAUCCAAAUGUGGUCACAUAUACGACAAUGAUAUGUGCACUCUGUGAAGAGGAUUGCAUUGGUGAGGCUGUGCGACUUUUUGUUGCAAUGAAGGAAACGGGGAUGCAGCCUAAUCUAUACACAUACAAUGCACUGAUGAGCAGCCACUUCAAGAGAGAUAACAUCAAGCACGCACUUGUGUUUUAUUACGACUUGCUGAAGUGUGGUCUUGUUCCGAAUGAUGUGAUCUUUACGACUCUAAUUGACGGUCUAUGCCUAGCGAACAGGAUAACCGAAGCAAAGAAUAUAUUUCUGGACAUGCCCAGGUAUGAGGUUGCUCCAACUGUGCCUGUGUACAACAGUUUGAUCUGUGGAGCUUUUAGGUCUGGAAACUCACAAGAAGCAUUAGCAUUUUUCCAGGAGAUGACUUGCAAAAGGUUGUGCCCAGAUGAGUUCACCUGCAGCAUAGUUGUAAGAGGCCUCUGUGAUGGAGAGCAAGUGCAGGUAGCCACCAGGUUUCUUGAAGUAAUGCAGCAAUCUGGCAUUGUGCUGAAUGCUGCUGCUUACAAUGUGCUGAUUGAUGAUUAUUGCAAGAAUGGAAAUUUGGAUGAAGCUCUUGUGACAUGCACAAGAAUGAGUGAGACUGGAGUCGAGCCCAAUGUGGUGACAUACUCCUCCUUGAUAGAUGGGCACACGAAGAAAGGGAAGAUGGAAAUAGCAAUGGCUAUAUACACAGAGAUGGUAGCUAAAGGGGUUGAACCUAAUGUCGUGACAUACACGGCCCUGAUUCAUGGCCAUGCAAAAAAUGGUGACAUGAAUGCUGCUUUUUGGUUACAGAAGGAGAUGGAAGAGAAAGGCAUUUCUUCAAACGCAAUAACUGUGUCGGUUCUUGUCGAUGGUCUGUGCAGAGAAAACAGGAUACAAGAUGCAGUCAGAUUCAUCAUGGAAUGCUCAAGGAAGAAAUCUGAGAAAAACCCUUCAAUUCCAAACAGUGUGACAUAUAUGACCUUGAUAUAUGGUCUCUAUAUGGAUGGUCAAUACAGUGAAGCCUGUCGCUUCUUCUCUUAUAUGAGAGAUUCUGGAAUGGUGCCUGAUAGAUUCACUUACACCCUCGUGAUUCGUGGACUGUGCAUGCUUGGCUAUGUCUUCAAUGCUAUGAUGCUUUAUGCUGAUAUGAUUAAGAUUGGUGUUAAACCCACAAGAUGCACCAUGGUCUGCCCUAUCAUUUGGUCGUGAGAAUCAGUGAACCACUGCAUGACCUGAAUCUCCAUCACUAGUGAAAUCUAUUUAGGAAACAAAGUGCGGAUAACAUUAAACUCAGUGAUGACAGAUCACAGCCUACAAAAAGUCAACUCAAAUAUCAGCUUGAGCUAGGCAUGUAUCUGGGAAAUGGGAGGAGUUGCUCAACUGUUGGUUGGAAAACAGUAAAUUGUCCCUCCUGCUGAGUUUUCAGGGGUUGUUUGCAGAUAUCCAAGAUUUUCCUGAUUGCGCAUCAGAAAAUAUUGGGGGAGAUCUCGGAUGGUUCCCAGAUGGUGCCCUUUACAGGAUGUUGCAUUUGGCAUCUAUGGGGGCUAUAGGCUCAUUGAAAUAUUUGUUUCUGGGCAUCUAUCCACACGUGGCUAUUGAUCAUGCAAGUUUGUCUGUUGCAUGAGUGCUGCCCUGUUCAAAACUGCAAAAUUUCUUUGGUCUAUCAGCUGGGCUAUUAAAACAACUGAUAUGCUCUCGCUGUGACACAUCAUCCUCUGUGAAAGAAGCAAGAACUGAUCUAGUCUGCUGCUGGUAGGCGGCAUCUCAGGUUAUAUGUGCAAAAUCGCAAGUGACUAUGUCUUGUUUGAUGACAAUAGCCAAUGCCCAUAUGUAUCCUUUCAUGCUGCCCAAAAAAUGUUGAAAAUCGUCUUUUCUGAUAAGUAACCUUUGAUGCCCUAAUUGAGACAUCGCAGUCCCAGUGUCGUGGGACAUCUCGUUGUUUUCCUCCCUUUUUUGCUUCUUUUCUGCUUUUUUUCCUUGGCAGGCUGAGCCUGCUUUCCUUCACCUCUUGGUGAUUCUUGUACAUAAUUUGCACGCCUGCUUAAUAUAAAUUCCCCGGAGUUCUCCGGGUGUUCUUCUUCUU